ACUUGCUUUGGUAGUUUUCGUUCCGGUUGAGCUCAAUGGUAUAAAUACUGAACAGAAUUACCAGUCAAUAUCAGUUUGUGCCAUUGAAUUCUUUCUUUUGUGUAGCAAAUUUCUGUCGAUAUAUAAUCUCAGAACUAUUACUAUAAUGCCUGCUGCUACCCCAAAGAAAACAGCAACCCCCAAAAAGGCAGUCGCUGCCAAAACAUCAUCGCAUCCACCGUUCGCCUCAAUGAUCAAAAAAGCAGUGAAAGAGCUGAACGAGAAAGGAGGAUCGUCCAAAGCAGCUAUCAUGAAAUACAUCAACGCCAACUACAAAGUGGACGAAAAGGCCGCCAACCACGUCAAAGUCGCCCUCCGAAGGAUGGUCAGCAAAAAGGAACUAGUCCAUGCUUCAAGCAAGAGCCUCGGAGCCAGCGGAAGCUUCAAGCUGCCGGCAAAAGAACCAGGACCGAAGAAACCAGUGAAGAAAACUAGCCCGAAGAAGAAAUCUCCAGUCAAAAAAGUGGCACCCGAAACAGCGACAUCUGAAAAAACCGCAACAAAGAAGGCACCAGCUCCUAAGAAGACAAAAAGCCCCGCCAAACCCAAAGCAAAGAAAUCUCCAGCAAAGAAAACAGCGGCUAAAAAGCCAACCAAGAAAUAGGCUGACUUUUUCUUUACCUAGCAAUAUUAGAAAAACUGAAAACUAAUCCUAUUUGAAUAUUUUAUUGUUUCCUGGACCGAGAGGUCUGUAAACUAUUAGAUGUAACAUUUUGAUUAUUUGAAAUGUUGAACUAUGACUUGCUU